UUGUAGCAACCUGUUGAAAAGAUUCGAUCGCCGUCGUCGUCGCGCACGCAUCUUACGUCUAUUGUGGAAAAGUGUCCCAAAGGGAGAAAGUAGCUGCUGCUUAGAAUCGAUUACAUUCGGAACUGAUAUCGUUUAAUCGGGGUAGAAUUUGGGGAGCAGCCGAAACGUCGAUAUCAAUCAGUGACUACGCUCUCGAAAACCAUGGCCAGAAACCGUUUCUUGGUGCACUUCUUUGCCGUGCUGCAUCUGGUGAUCGACAAGUUGCUCUAUAUGUGCCUCAAGUGGUACUGGGGACCAAGCAAACAACGCUGCCCAACACUGCAGCGCAAGCGGAUGAUCGUUACGUACAGUGCGGUCGAGCUGGCCCGGAUGAUCCGCACCCGCGAGGUGUCCUGCUACGACGUGAUCAGUGCCUUUAUCGAUCGGCUGAACGAGGUCAACCCGCUCAUGAACGCGAUGCUUGAUGGGCCGUUCAUCGACGCUCUCGAUGAGGCACGCCACAUUGACGAGCGGCUGCAGCAGGGUGCGAUCGGCGAGGCUGAGCUCGCGUCGAAACCGUUCCUCGGCGUACCGUUCACUACGAAAGACAGUACGGCGGUCAAGGACCGGUUGCACACGCUAGGAAUCGUCGCGCGGCGCACUGUGAAAGCGAACAACGAUGCCGAGUGCGUACGGUUGUUGAAGGAGGCCGGUGCAAUUAUCAUCGCGACCACGAGCAUACCGGAAAUCAACCGAUGGCAGGAGACGCGUAACAAUAUCAUCGGUCAAACGAACAAUCCGCACGAUAAUCGACGCACGGUCGGUGGAUCUAGUGGGGGUGAGGGAGCACUUUUGGCGGCCUGUGGGACACCGAUCGGAUUAGGCACCGAUAUUGGAGGUUCGAUCCGAAUGCCCGCCUUCUACUGUGGUGUGUUUGGUCACAAGCCGACGACGGGCAUAAUAAACACGCGCGGUUGUUCUCUGCGUACGGGCCGUGAACCUUCCACGAUGGUUGUGGCCGGACCGAUGACACGCUAUGCAACUGAUUUGCUGCCCCUAAUGAAAGUGCUCGUAGGGCCGGAAAAGUCAACCACUCUUCGAUUCGAUGAACCGACGGAUGUUCGUAAGCUGCGUUACUUUUACAUUCCCGAAUCCGGGGACAUCAAAUGCAGCGCUGUACAGCCCCAGCUUCAGAAAGCAAUGGAGCGAGUGGUUGAACACUUUUCACAAAUAGCCCCGGGUGGAGUGCAGAAGGUUACACUCACCGGAUCCGAUAGAACCACCAACAUGUGGCGCUACUGGAUGACGCAGGAACCGGCCAACUUUGGUACGCUGUUGGGCAACGGAAAGCCACUCAGUCCGUUGGUGGAGCUGGCCAAAAAGCUGACCGGUCGUAGCGAGUAUACGAUGGCGUCGAUCUACUCGCUAAUGGACACGCUGUUGCCACAGGAAAAGGAAGAUGUUAUCAAGGAGCUAACUCGAUGCUGUGAUCAGGAACUAACCGAACUGCUCGGAGAUGACGGGGUGUUGUUUUAUCACAGCACCACCCAUACGGCACCGUACCAUUAUUCGGCGUUCGUGAACGUGUACAACUUUAGCUAUUGGUGCUUGUUCAAUGUACUGCACGUGCCGGCCACACAGGUACCACUCGGACUGGAUGGAGAUGGGUUGCCACUUGGCAUACAGAUUGUGGCCAGUCGUAACCGUGAUCGUCACUGUUUAGCGGUGGCCGAAGAAAUUGAACGUGUGUUCAAUGGACGGAUUCCUCCUUUCAUUGUAGAUUAGUGUUCGAAGGUGAUGAUACAAAGUUUGAACGGUCCGUUGAAAGGGGUAAUUGGGGUUUCUCACCGGCGAUGAAGAAAGUUAAUCUAAAUAAUCUUAUUACAUCGAUUAUUAUUCUCCUUUGGUCAUGUACUGUGCUGUUUUUGGGUUCGUCGAUAAUAUUUAUUCGUUAACUUAUGCAAAUGUCGUUUGUUUU